AUGGUCAAGGAUAUCAAGGUUAUGGUCGUUGGAGACAUGAGUGUUGGAAAGACAUGUCUUUUGAUCUCUUAUACAACUAACUCAUUCCCAGGUGAAUAUGUCCCAACAGUGUUCGAUAACUAUAACGCCAACGCAAUUGUAAAUAAUACACCAGUGAACCUUGGACUUUGGGAUACAGCAGGAUCGGAAGAAUACAACAGCUUUAGACCUCUGAGCUACCCUGGUACAGACGUUUUCCUUAUAUGUUUUAGUUUAAUAUCACAGACUAGUUUCGAGAAUGUUAUAAAGAAGUGGUUCGUUGAGAUCACACAGAAUAUGGAUGUAUUGCCACCGAUCAUAUUGGUUGGCACUAAGCUCGACCUGCGCAACUCAAAACAUAAGGCGAAUGGAGAGGAACCAAUCACCACAGAGAUGGGCGAGCAGAUGAGAGCAGAGAUCGGUGCCUACAAGUACUGUGAGUGCUCAGCGCUGACUCAGGACGGCUUGACCACCGUCUUUGAGGAGGCUGGUCGCGUCGUUCUCUUCCCACCCUCCAAGGAGGAGAUGGCCGCACAGCUGACAAAGAAAGAAAGAAAGGAAGGAAAGGAUCCCAAGAACUGUAUUUUACAAUGA